UGGCAUAUCGGGGUCUUCAACAUCGAUAAAGUCUUCCGUACCACAUCCUGUCGAGGAAGGCCGACGCCUUUUCUUUAUAUCAGACUUCCCACAUUUAAUGAAGUGUGUUAGGAAUGGCUUUAUAAAAGCCCCUUACAAGACCCCAGAUGGUGCUGUGUACAUGGAGCAUAUCAAAGCGGCGUAUGACGAAGAUAAAUGCGCCGUCACUCUAAAAGUGAUGCCUAAAAUCACCGCUUCUCAUGUGAACCCCAACAACUUCGAGAAGAUGAAGGUGAACUUAGCCUUUCAUUUGUUCAGUGCUGAAGUCCUACGUGGCCUAUUUUUUUACAAGAAUGAAGUGGCUAGACGGUGGAGCGACCCAGCCCCAACACAGGCGUUUGUGCAGAUGAUGGUUAAGCUAAUCGAAGCAAUGACGGCACGCAUUCCAUCGCAAGGAUUGAAGGUGAAUUCUCCUCAAGAAACGAACAUACUAGAGUUUCUUGAAUACCUCAACAAGUGGGAAACUUCCUUAGAGCCAUCCAAAAUUGGGUUCAUUUCAGGAAGCACCGCCGAGGGAUUGAGAGUUACUCUGCAUGCUACUGUCGGCCUAUUGAGGUAUGCGAGUGAGAAGCUGAACUUCAAGUUCAUCCUCACAAGCCAUCUCAGCCAAGACUGCAUUGAAAAGUUAUUUGGUGCCAUUCGCCAAUUUUCAGGGUGCAACGAUCACCCUACGGCAACGCAGUUUUUGAUCACAGUCAACUGCUUGAGCUUUUAUAAUUUGGUGAAGGCGCCAAACAGUGGCAACUGUUCAGGAGGCUCAAUGACUUCUCUCCUUGGAGACGGCAGUAGUGUCAAGCGAGUGGACUCGCUGAUUGAUAAUGGCAAGCUCGAAGAAGCUUCUGGCAUACUGGAAAAGUCGGCGCUUGAUGUGGAUCAUGUGUAUGCUGAAAAGACAAGCGACGCCCGACUUGUUUAUUACAUAGCCGGAUAUGUCGCCAGGAAGACUGUCCUGAAAAGCGGCUGCCGUGACUGCUUCGAUGAACUUCUCGUAGCUCCGCAGGACGCAAGCAAAGACCUCGCUACGCUGACUCACUUUUGUGACAACGGUGGGCUACUCUAUCCCUCGGAGCAGCUCUUCGCGUUUGUAGAAGCCCUGGAGAUGACCUUCACGACGUGGUUCAGCUAUAAUGAGCUACACCAUGACAGCUUGGCUGAGUUGACCUCGUGCCUGCAGAGGAAUUCUGUCGUGCUUGGAUGUGCACAGCACGGCGAGAGCCUAACCAACCAGAUGAUAAAGUUUUUUUUUCAUAACGCGCCUCCACUUCUACACGAAAUCUCUGAACAAGGAGCAUGCAUCUACCCGCGAGAGAAAAAAACAUCUGAAACUUAG